AUAACCUGCCUCUCUCUCUCCCCCAGGCCAAGAGCAGCCAGGGCACAAGUGGAGCUGGGUGUGGGGAGGCCAGACCAGCCGCGCCGUGGGGCAGCAUGGAUGCCACCCUCCCCGGCCUCGCCCUGCUCACCGUCUGCCUGAGCAUGGGCACCGCUCAUGCCACCUGGUGGAACCUGGUGCCCAGGAAAACCAUCCCCUACAAUGAGCUGAAGGACGUGGCCAAGCGCUUCUCCAAGGCUGGCGUGUCCCACUACAUGACGCUGACGCUGGGGGAGGCCGAGAAGGUUCUGUACGUGGGUGCCCGUGAGGCUGUCUUCGCCCUCGCCACGGGCACCAUGGAGCUCAAGGCAGCGAUCUCCUGGGAGGCACCGCCAGAGAAGAAGGUGGAAUGUAUCCAGAAGGGCAAGAACAACCAGACCGACUGUUUCAACUACAUCCGCUUCCUUCAGAGCUACAACAGCUCCCACAUGUACGUGUGCGGCACCUUCGCCUUCCAGCCCAAGUGCACCUACAUCACCGACUGUUUCAACUACAUCCGCUUCCUUCAGAGCUACAACAGCUCCCACAUGUACGUGUGCGGCACCUUCGCCUUCCAGCCCAAGUGCACCUACAUCUACCACAUCGAGGACGUGCGCAAGGUCUUCGAGGGGCCCUACAAGGAGUACCGGGAGCAGGCCCAGAAGUGGGGCAGGUACUCGGACCAGGUGCCCAGCCCCCGGCCUGGGGCGUGCAUCACGGACUGGCACCGGCAGAAUGGCAUCGUCAGCUCGCUGGAGCUGCCCGACAACACCCUGAACUUCGCCAAGAAGCACCCGCUGAUGGACGAGCCGGUGCUGCCGCGCCACGGCCGGCCCCUGCUGCUCAAGAAGGGCGCCUCGUAG